CCACCGACACCCGUUUUUACCUGCUCAACCUGCCAGACGACUAAAGCCCCUCCCUGCUCUCUCAGCCCGAAUUCUUAUUUCCUCCUGUGGCUCCAAGAAAAUCCUCUUUUCACACAGGUCUCUGGAUCUGCUGCCUUCCUUCGCGCUUGUGCUAUUUGCUUGUUGGAUCAUGAGUGGUAAGCUGUGGACAGAGGAGCAGUUUAACUGCCCCGUGUGUCUGGAUCUCCCCAACGAUCCGGUCACCAUCCCCUGCGGGCACAGCUACUGCAUGGGCUGCAUCAAAGACUUCUGGAGCAAGGAUGAAGCCAAGGGGAUCUACAGUUGCCCCCAGUGCCGCCAGACCUUCUGUCCUCGGCCCUCUCUCUCUAGAAACACCAUGCUGGCUGAAGCUGUGGAGCAACUCCGCAAAGGAACCCCAAGGUCUGAGGUGUAUCAAAGCAUACGAGGGGCAUUAAAAUCCAAAAAGACUCUGCCCUCCUCGGCCGUGCAGUGCGACCUGUGUAAAGGAGAACAGAGGGCAGCAGUCAAGACCUGCCUGGUGUGCAUGAGCUCGUACUGCGAGACUCACCUGAAGCCACACCAGACGACCAAAGCCCUGAAGGACCACGAGCUGAUAGCGCCGACAGGCAACUUGACCGAGAAGAUCUGCACACAGCACAAGUACCUACAGGAGUUCUUCUGUCGCCAGUGCAAGGUGUUCAUCUGUUGGCUGUGCACCAGCAAUCAGCACAAAGGCCACGAGAGCGUGUCCACCAAGGCUGAGCGCAUGGAGAAACAGAAAGUGCUGAACGAGAUGCUGGCUGAAAAUCAGCAGAAGCUCAAAGACAGACAGCAGGAGCUGAAGGACAUGAAGAAGAUGAUGGACGGCAUGAAGCGCUCCACAGACCGUGUUCACAGCGACUCGGAGAAGGUGUUGCUGGAGCUGCAGCGAUCAGUGGAGCGACUGCAGGAGCUGUUGGAGGAGGUGCUGGAUGAGGUCGGCCGGGAGAAGAUGGGCCAGGCCGAGGAGGUGACCGAUAGCCUUGAGGCAGAGAUUACGGAGCUCAAGAAGAGGGACACUCAGAUGAAGGACCUCACUCAAAGCGAAGACCACAUAUACUACCUGCAGACGUAUGAAACCAUGUGCAGUCCACUCGAGUCAGGAGACCUUCCAGCUGUGCAGGUAAACCAUGAAGCUUCCUUUGAGCCUGUCAGGGAUGCCAUCCUGGACCUAAGGGAGCGAGUGGAGGAGCUGUGCAACCAGGAGCUCAGCAAGAUCACUAAAAAAGUCAACGAGACAACUUUAUUCACACUGGGCAAUGCCAAUCGCAAUACCAGAGGUGGCCUUUUGAAAUUGUUUUCUGCGUUGGGGUCACGGAACUCGAACAACCGUUCUGCAGGUUCUUCCCCGAGCAUCUCAGUGACAUCAAGGAAUGCAGAAAGACGAGGACUGGGCAUUCGAGGGCAAGACGUGAGGAGCAGAGACGCGCCGCGAGAGGUAGCACCGAGGUCACCCAGACUGUGGUCUCGACAGAGGCGAGAUGAGCAAGAGUCGGCAGUGAAGGACAACCUACGACUCAGCCCAAGACCCAGCCCAAGACCCAGCCCGACUCCAAGCAGGAGAGAGUCCCCGUCCCUGUGGAGCAGGUCCAGUCAGAGUCAGGAUGUCCCCGCUAUGCCUUCUCAAACCCCAGUCAGCCCGAUCGGGACUCCCGCACCAGCAUCCACUGGAGCUUUUAGUCGGAUGGCGUCCAUCAGCAGCAUUUUCCGCUCCCGCCGUGGCAACGCACAUGUCAACAACACGCCAUUUGCAGGGGGGAUGCCGACUCUUUCUGAAACAUCGACAGAGGUCAACCCCAGUCUGUUCUUGGAUACGCCCACAACCGCAGUCACGAAUUAUGCUCCGGCUUUCCCUGCACUGAGAGAGAUCAACAUUGACAGCAUCCAGGCUGCAGAACCAAGAACAAGAGAGGAGUUCCUACAGUACGCUGUCAACUUCACCCUUGACCCCAACACCGCCCAUCGGCGUCUGGUUCUGUCGGAGGGCAACACCAAAGCCACUCUGCAGGGGGAAGUGGCGCCUUACCCAGACACCCCUCAGCGCUUUGACGGUUGGACCCAGGUGAUGUGCGGCAGCCCGCUGUAUUCCCAGCGCUCCUACUGGGAGGUGGAGUGGCGAGGCAGAGGCUCAUCGAUGGGCGUGGCAUACGGCUCGCUGAGCAGGAAGGGCUCGGACGCCAGGGCCGGAAUCGGCUACAACGCUCAGUCCUGGACCCUGGAGCUCUCAGACUCCUGCUGCUUAGCGUUGCAUGACAACGAGAAGAGGGACAUACCGGUGAUCUAUUCCCCCCGUGUGGGCAUCUACGCGGAUCUGUCAAUGGGAACUCUGGGGUUCUACGGCGUGGCCGAGAACAUGACGCACCUUCACACCUUCCGGGCAAACUUUACCCAGCCCCUCUAUCCCGUCUUCGGGGUGGGGAGUGGUGUCGGAGUGGGUCUGGACUUUGCGCUUGGACAGUUCAGCUCCACUUCAGACAGCAUCAGACUGUGUCCCAUGUGAGGGUGUGUCGUGGAUACAGUGGAACCUGUUUGUCAACAUAAGCGGUUGUCGACAUUGACAAUUGACUUUGUCCAGAGUCAUGAGGAGAAUGGGUAAUACAGGAUUUUUGUUUGUUGGCAUGUUUUUCCGUCAUUGGGGCAUAUUUUUUAUUUAAGAUUCUUGUGUUUGCAUAUGAUGUCGGUUUUUAAAUGCCCCAGUUUUCAUAUGAUUGGGUUUUUAACAAACAUUUUCACCUGUCUCUGUUAUCUUACAAUAUUGCGCAUAACAAACUAGCCCGUUUGCCCUGUAUUGUGUCAAUUUGCGAAAUUCGGUACCCAAACGAAGCACCCUCCACAUUUCUGACUCACCGUCAGGGUAUUUUUUUAUGUGGGACUGCUAAAAAACACGCCGUGAGGCCAAAGAAAGUUGCCAGUACCAGCAAUUGGAUAAAGAAGGUAAGAAGAAACACUAUUCUCUCCCCUCCUCCCUCUACGCCCCUCACUGUCUUCGCCAACAAGAGUCCUCAGUAAGGGUACAAGUGCUGAGAAAUGUGCAUUUAUCCAUCUCAUUCACCAUUUAGAAAUAUUUCACAUUGUUUUCUGUAAUUAUUCUCUAUUAAAUGUAUUUUUUGCUCUGAUUUUUGGGUGUCCGGAACGGUUUCAUUGGAUUAACAUUAUUUCCUAUGGAGAAAAUUGUUUCGGUUUUCUUCUGACCUUUUGGAACGCGAGGUAACACUAUAACAAUGUUAGUGACGCAGAUCAUAAAGUAGGCAUAGGCAACUUAGGCAUAGGCAAGCAUCACUGCACACAUAAAAUAAUUAUUUUCCCCUGCUUUAUUGUUAAAAAGAAACAAGUCAUUAAUCAGCUCGAUGUUGUUUACAGAAAAUUGUGCCAUGAUAAACUAACCAUGUAACAUAAUCGCGCAAACCCAACAACUGCCACGGCUGUGUCUC